AUGGCAGGGAAAGCCGGCGGACUCAAAGGGGUUGCCCUCAUCGGCGGCGGCGCCAACAGCACGGUCGCCGGGGCCCUCCACUUCUUCGAGGACCCCUCCACCAGUAGCCGAUCUCUCGAGCUCUGGUACACCGAGGUGAGGGGCAAGGUCACGGGCUUGACUCCGGGAAGGCAUGGAUUCCACAUCCACGUGUUCGGCGACACUACCAACGGCUGCAACUCAACCGGGCCCCAUUUUAACCCUCACAAUAAGCCCCAUGGAGCUCCAUUUGAUGAGGAACGACAUGUGGGUGACCUGGGAAACAUAAUAGCCAACGAAGAUGGAGUUGCAGAAGUGUUCAUAAGGGACUUACAGAUUUCACUGAGUGGGCCUCAUUCCAUACUGGGAAGGGCAGUUGUUGUCCAUGCCGAUCCUGAUGACCUAGGGAGGGGUGGCCAUGAACUCAGUAAGUCAACAGGAAAUGCAGGAGCUAGAAUUGGAUGUGGUAUCAUUGGAAUUCAGUCUUCAGUUUAA